AUAACGAAAUACAAAACACAAAAGCAUCCUUUCUUUUUAUUUGGGCCAUAACUUUUACUACUUGAUAUUCUAUAUCGCUGGCCGUUCAUUAUUUGAUCGCUUAUGCACUUUUUACUUGUAGACGCCCAAGAAGAAAAACACAGAGGGAGGGUUUGAGUUGAUUCACGACACUCGAGCGACUGUCGUGAUUUGCACAAUUGGCCUCUCGAAUUGUAGGUAACCUUACGUCGGAUGGAAACCCUGCAGUGAUUUGUCAAGGGUCUACCAUCCGUUGCUUAACAGAAGGCGGGUUCUAUUUCAACAACAAUUUGGAAACCGGUAACCGUCCCUCGUUCGCCCACGGUAGUGAAGUUCAUCGGGAAAGGUAGAAGUUUCAGAGAGGCUGAUGUCAGUGACAGAAACUCGAUCACCGACCAUCGUUGACUCUUCGCUCUAUCGAAACCAGCAGGAUGGACCCGUCUAACCGAACCAUCGACCCCAGCUGCAGGGACAGACCUCCACUCGCCAUCGACAUUAUUGUCCAGCUGGACAUCUUUGGGAUCAUACUGUACUCAGUUUUGACCUUCAUGGCAACAGCAUCCAUGCUGGUCUACAUAGAGGAAUGCGUUUACAUCUACAAAAAGGUGCCUUCCAACAAGAAGAGUAUUAUCAUCUGGGUCAAUGGGGCAGCACCGGUGAUUGGGACCAUGUCAUGUCUGGGGAUGUGGAUUCCAAGAGCCACUAUGUUUACUGACAUGACCUCUGCAACCUACUUUGCAAUCGUGGUGUUCAAGUUCCUGAUCCUGAUGAUCGAGGAGGUGGGGGGCGACAAGGCUUUUCUUCUGCGUUCCAAGACCAAGACCCUGAGAAUCAGCACCGGCCCCUGCUGCUGCUGCUGCCCCUGUCUGCCUCACGUCGCCAUAACCCGGCGGACUCUGUUCUUGCUGAAGCUGGGCUCCUUCCAGUUUGCUGUGCUGAAGGUGGUCUUCACCAUCCUGUCAAUAAUUCUCUGGACAAAUGGCAACUUUGAGCUGACUGAUUUGGCCAUAACAGGUUCUGCUAUCUGGAUCAACCCGUUUGUGGGUGUCCUCACCAUCAUCGCCCUGUGGCCCGUGGCCAUCAUGUUCAUGCACCUCAGGACCACACUGCGAAGCCUCAAGAUCAUCCCCAAAUAUGCCAUGUACCAGUUGGUUUUGGUCCUGAGCCAGCUGCAGUCAGCCAUCAUCAACAUCCUGGCCAUGAAUGGGACCAUAGCCUGUGCCCCUCCAUAUUCCUCCCAGGCCCGUGGUUACUUGAUGAGUCAGCAGUUGUUGAUCCUGGAGAUGUUCAUCAUCACCUUGGUAACUCGUUUACUGUACCGUCGCCAGUAUGACCCCCUUCCUGACGACAGCCAAGAUGAUGAGAACACCAAGAUGGUUCCUGCACUCGCCAACGCUCCUAGCACUGCUUGAGCUGUGUUGGUAUUUGUGUGUUUGAACGCUUUAUACAGUGUGUGUUUGUGUCUAUGUGUGUUCUUGUGUUUUUUCAACACGAAAUCCCCUCUAUAAUAUCCAACCCAUGGAGUAUACCCCAAGUUAGGGAAAGCUGUUUUGUAUGGAACGAAUGCCAUUUUAAAAAUGACAACUGUCUGGUGAGCUGCUUCUACUGAUAUUGGAUACUGAUGAAAAACUGUUAUGCAGCUGAAUAUAGAAAAGAAACAAUACAUGAGUCUAUUAUAUGAUUUCAGGAAUGUAUUUUUAUCCCACUUUGUACCUUUGACAAUAUGCAUGAUCAUGAUGGACAAUCAAUUUAUAAUAUACAUUUUAUCAGGAUG